AUGUCGGGAGUUGAAGGAGUUUGUGCGAGGGCGGUAGGAGGGAGGAGAGCAGGACUCAGCUCUGCCGCUGCUCAGGGGGAGCCCCGCGUGGCCCCGCAUCAAGCCCGGCCUCCGUCCCGGCCCCACCACCCCAGGAAGCGUAUUCUUGAAAUAACUGCUGUUGAUGUUGGAAUUGUUGCCAUCAAGGGCUUGUUCUCCGGCAGAUACCUGGCCAUGAACAAAAGGGGCAGACUUUAUGCAUCAGAAAAUUAUAACGCAGAAUGUGAGUUCGUGGAGCGGAUCCAUGAAUUGGGUUAUAACACCUAUGCAUCCCGUCUAUACCAGACUGUACCUAACAGACCUGGCACCAAGCGCAAAGCCAGUGCAGAGAGACUCUGGUAUGUCUCAAUCAAUGGGAAAGGACGACCCAGAAGGGGCUUUAAAACUCGCAGGACACAGAAAUCAUCUCUCUUUCUGCCCAGAGUAUUGGAUAACAAAGACCAUGAGAUGGUCCGACUGUUCCACACAAACGUGAAAUAUCGAGAGAGUCUCCUGAAGCCCCUGAGCAAGAACCAGCGAAGAAGGAGAGGACGCUGA